AUGGCUCCCUGUGUAUGGUCUACUUACAGUGUGCUGUCCAUAAUGCCUUCUGAUUCUGAAAGCAGCAGUUCUCUGAGUAGCAUUGAAUCUACUGUCCCCCCCACUGCUGUCAGCAAUGAACACUCUACACACCCUGUGCAAGGUGGUUCUGUAGGAUGCCCUCCUUCGUAUGAGUCAUACUGCCUGCACGGCGGGGUGUGCAAUUACGUUCCUGAUCUACAAGACUAUGCCUGCAAACCUCCGUACCUGCAGGAAUAUGAAAAGGAUAUAUCUCAGUUCUUUUUCCUCAACGUCGUGCUGCUUAUUUUUACCCGUUUCACUCACAUGCAAUUCUGUUCUCACUACUAUUUCAAGACGACUUCAAAAGAUCUAUCUGAAGAGAUGUAUCUAAAUGGUACGACUGGUAAACCAUCAUCUCCACCACCUGUAAUAGACACGAGACAGAUGAGUGAGAAGCUGGAGACAAUACUUUAUCAGCUCCGUCAGGUAACCCGAGAGAGGGAUGAGCUGCGCAAGCGACUUGCACUUUCAUCUCCUGGAUCAACUUUUGAUGACUGCAGGCCUAGUCCAAAGCCAAAUCAUGAUUAUGAAAGACUGAAGAUACAGUGCAUGAAGGCCAUGUCAGAUCUACAGUCUUUGCAGAAUCAACACACCAAAACACUAAAAAGGUGUGAAGAAGCAGCAAAAGAGGCAGACUUUUAUCACACGUUGCACAGUCGGCUGCUGAGUGACCAGUCACAGCUGAAGGAAGACAUGGAUACCUUGAAAAGGAAAAACACACAGUUGGUGCGAGAGCAUAAUCACCUCCAGCAGUCAUGUGAGGAAAUGAAGAGACUUCACGAUGAGGAUCAAAAAGAGAUAACAGACCUGCGCAACCAGCAGCAGCAGGUUAUGAAGCAAAAUGGGUCAUCAGAGAUAUUAAAUAAACUUUAUGAUACAGCAAUGGACAAGCUAGAGGGUGUGAAGAAGGACUAUGAUGCCCUGAGGAAGCGGUACAACGAGAAGAUCGCAAGCCACAAUACAGAUCUGAGCCGCCUGGAACAGGCUGAGGAGGAGAACAGACGCCUUCAGAAGCAGGUUGACAUGUUAAUGAAGCAAAGGGACACAGCAAUACAUUUUCAGCAGCAAUAUUCAACCUCUCUUAGAAGAUAUGAAUCAGUACAGCAGGAACUAAGCAGUGCCACAGCACAGAACAAAGAGUUGCAGAGAGAGAUGGAGCGAUUACAGUCGGAGGUGACAAGGUUCAAAACGAUGCAGCUGAAAGCAGCAAAGGAUGCAGAAAAAUACAAGGAAGAAAGGGAUUCAGUUUUCAAUGAAUACCGCCUCAUAAUGAGUGAGAGAGAUCAAGUAAUUAAAGAGGUGGAUAAGCUUCAAACAGAGCUGGAGCUUGCAGAGUCCAAACUAAAGAACACUUCUUCUGAGAAGCGAGUGGCUAGUGAAGAGAUGGAAGCUUUAAGACAGGAGCUAAACUCGGCUCUCGUGGAAAGAGAUCGAGCAAUUUGUGAGAGGAAUGAGUUGCUGGAAAAAUACUGUCAUGAAGUGAAGGACAAAGCUGAGGCCCAGAAGGAACUUGACCAAGCUUGCAAAGAUAUAGAGACAGUGAAGGAAGAAAGAGAUGUUGCCAGGAAAGAGAGAACAGAAGCUAUCAUCCAGAGAGACCAUUUACUAAGAGAAUAUUAUCAAGCUCGUCAGAUACAAGAUUCUGCUACCCUAGACAUAGAAAGAGCAAACAAAGAAAUUGAAAUGCUUCGGAAACAAUAUGAGGCAAUGUCACAAGAACUAAAGGAAGCUGUCCAGGAAGCAGAAGUAGCCAAGUGUAGGAGAGAUUGGGCCUUUCAAGAGCGGGAUAAGAUUGUUGCCGAAAGGGAAAGUAUACGUCUGGAUGACAUGAGAAAGCAGAAAAAUGACGCUGUGCGUGAACUGAAAGAACUGAAGGAGAAGAUGGAGAAUCAGUUGGAAAAGGAAGCCAGAUUCCGUCAAUUGAUGGCCCAUAGUUCCCAUGACUCAGCUAUAGACACAGAUUCUCUGGAAUGGGAAACAGAAGUGGUAGAAUUUGAAAAAGACAGAGAUGAUAUGGACUUGAAAGCACUUGGCUUUGAUGUGGCAGAAGGUGUUAAUGAACCAUACCUCCCUGGAGACUGUGGAAUCUUUGUUACCAAAGUAGACAAAGGAAGCAUUGCUGAUGGUCGAUUAAGAGUGAAUGAUUGGUUACUGAAGAUAAAUGAUGUAGAUCUUACGAAUAAGGAUAAAAAGCAAGUUAUAAAAGCUGUUCUAAAUGGAGGAGGUGUCAUUAAUAUGGUGGUUCGAAGAAGGAAGUCCUUAGGUGGGCGAGUCAUAACACCUCUUCACAUCAACAUUUCCGGACAUAAAGAUAGUGGGGUCAGUCUAGAAAAUGGAGUAUUUGUUGCUGCUGUUGUGCCUGGAAGCCCAGCUGCCAAAGAGGGUUCCCUUACUGUGGGAGACAGAAUAAUUGCUAUCAAUGGUAUUGCACUAGAUAAUAAGUCGCUUACGGAAUGUGAAGCUUUGCUACGAAACUGUAGGGAUUCCCUUACCCUGUCACUGAUGAAGGUUUUUCCUCAGAGUUCAUCUUGGAGUGGUCAAAAUAUAUUUGAAAAUCUGAAGGAUUCAGAAAAAAUAUCAAACUGUAGGGUUCAUGCAUCAGAGAUACAAGCCCAAAAUAAAAGAAAUCUGAAACUCAACUGUUCAACACAGACUGACAUUUUCAAUCCAGACAUCAUGGAUAGCAAGAAGGACCAAAGUGAUCAGGGCAGUGGUUCAUUUUGUGAACACAAACCUUUCCCUAAUAACACAUUACAUGUAGACUCUCAUAGGAACACAGUGCAUGGUUGCCAUAGUAACUCAGAACACAGUCUCAGCUCAUUCAGCCCAGAGACAUAUGGGGAGAGAGGCUUUGGAGCUGUUGACUUGGACAACAGGAGGCUGCCUUAUGAACCUACAGGAGCUGACUGUAUGAUGGUUGAGGCUGCAUUUGAUAAAGGACAUGGAACCAAACACAGUGGUGGUACCUGGCCAAAAGUUGUAGUUAAUAUCUCAGCAACAGAAACAGAAAAGUUCUCUGUGUACAAAAAGCCAAAACAAAGGAAAUCUAUCUUUGAUCCUGAUACUUUCAAAAGACCACCAACUCCUCCCAACCUGGAGUACCUUUCCUCUAAUCAGGUGACAGGCCAUUCACCUCAGCCAUCAAAAGCUGAAGUAGCUUCAACUCCUCCGACUCCUCCUAAGAGAACUGACUCUAUCAAGUUUAAACAUAAACAGCAGGCAAGCUCUGCAUCGGAGUCCACGGUAACAACUGGAUCACCACCCACCAGCCCAGCCACUGCCCAAGCUGCAGUUUCCUUGGCGCUUAAACAGGACUCUGCUGCUCUCAAGGGACGCAGCAGGAACACUGGGCAUUAUUAUCGGGAGGAGGGCAUCGACUGUGCUCAUCUCUCUUCAAGGAAAUCCUGUGAAGAUGACAUUGGCUUUCAAAGAGUUGAAGAGCCAGAGAUUAAAAGACCAAGGCCAAAAUCGGCUCCUGCACUGAGACAUAAAAUGACCCCUAUGCCCAUUCCUAAUCCUGCACUUCAGGUGCAGAAGUAUCCCCCAGCUAGUGAGGAGCAUCUAUCUCCAGAGCUGCAGGAAUGGACACCAUAUUCACCAAAACGGUCUGCUAGGCACAGUGAUGGCUUUGUGUCUGCUGCCUUAUAUGCUGGUGGCAUGUCAGCUGGAACUGUUCCAAGAAGCUUAGCACCUUGCCCUGCAGUAACUGCUGUAAUGAGAAAUCCAAUCUACACUGCCUGGAGCCAUAGGGUUCACACCAGCAAUUGCCCAUCAGUUGCCAGCCAAAUAUGCCAUCAGCAUCUGCAUCCCAGUUCCCAGCAUCAAGGUCGCCUGAGUUUGGAUCUAAGUCAUAAACACUCCAAUGACUACUCUGAAAAUUCACGUACAAGAACAUCUCAUGGCUCCAAUUCAUUGCCAUCCAGUGCAAGACUUGGUUCUUCAAGUAACUUGCAAUACAGAACAGAACGAAUUAAGAUCCCUUUAACACCAAGAUAUCCAAGGUCCAUGAUGGGCUCUGACAGAGGCUCCUUGUCACACUCUGAAUGUAGCAGUCCCAGCUUGAUAACUCCUCCACAGUCACCACUGAACUUGGAAACAUCUUCCUUCGCCAGCAGCCAGUCUCAGAACUCCCUUUCGACGUUACCUAGGAUUUCCAUUAGCCCUGUGUCUAUUGGAGAACGUAGAAAAGAUAGGCCCUACAUGGAAGAGCCACGACAUGUUAAAGUGCAGAAGGGUUCUGAGCCACUAGGGAUUUCCAUUGUGAGCGGAGAAAAUGGUGGAAUAUUUGUCUCUAAAGUAACAGGUGGGAGCAUUGCCCAUCAAGCUGGCCUUGAAUAUGGUGAUCAGUUACUAGAGUUUAAUGGAAUAAAUUUGAGAAAUGCUACAGAGCAACAGGCUCGACUAAUCAUUGGACAGCAGUGCGACACCAUUACUAUUCUGGCUCAGUAUAACCCACAUAUGUAUCAGCUUGGCAAUCAUUCACGGUCAAGUUCUCGCCUAGAACCUGUGAGUAAUCAUUCCACCCCUCAAGGCAGUGGAGCUGCAACACCUGACAAUCAUUCCAUAAUUGAUACUGUGAGUGAACAGGAUGAAGGAACUAUGACACCCCCAUCCAAACAAACCACACCAACUACAAGUCCUCGGAAUUCCUUAAGGGGCCCUGUGGAUACAAACAAAAGGACACCUGAACCUAGAACUGUUGUUGUUAAAAAAUCACAAGUGGAUCUUGGGAUACAGAUAUGUGGUGGCAACCUGUAUGGAAUAUUUGUCUCAGAUGUAGAUGAUGAUAGCCCAGCAAAAGGACCUGAUGGACUUGUCUUGGGUGACAUGAUACUUGAGUAUGGGUCCAUUGAUAUGCGAAAUAAAACAGCUGAGGAAGCUUACCUUGAAAUGUUGAAGCCUGGAGAAAACAUCAAAAUAAAGACUCAAUACAGAAUAGAAGAGUUUAAUAAGAUAAAAGAGCUUCCUGGAGAUGGAUUCUAUAUCAGAGCACUUUAUGACCGUGUGGCAGAGGUGGAACAGGAUUUAAGCUUUAAGAAGGAUGACAUUUUGUAUGUUGAUGACACUCUACCACAGGGAAACUUUGGUUGCUGGAUGGCUUGGCAGCUAGAUGAGAAUGCUCAGAAGCUGGAAAGAGGACAGAUUCCAAGUAAAUACAUGAUGGAUCAGGAAUUCUACAGGAGACACAGCAUGUCUGAGGCUAAAGAUGAAAACAGCUCAUCUAAGACAUUGUCAGCAGCAGCACGGAGGUCAUUCUUUAGAAGAAAGCAUAAACAUAAGCGCAGUGGUUCCAAAGAUGGAAAGGAUUUACUGGCUCUUGAUACAAUCAGUACAGACUCAAUUCCUUUCUUGGAUGAUUCUGCAAGUCUGGUGUAUCAGCGUGUACAGAAAGUGGACUGUACCUCUCCUAGGCCAGUCCUUGUUCUAGGUCCUUUGCUUGAUGCUGUGAAAGACAUGUUGGUCAAAGAAUCCCCUGGAAAAUUUUGCAGAUGUCCUCUUGAGGUUAUGAAAGCUUCUCAACAAGCCAUUGAACGGGGAGUGAAGGAUUGUCUGUUUAUUGAUUAUAAACGGAGGAGUGGACAUUUUGAUGUGACAACUGUAGCUUCAAUAAAAGAGAUAACAGAGAAGGAUUGUCAUUGUCUGCUUGACAUCGCUCCUCAUGCCAUCGAACGGCUCCACAGUGUUCAUAUCUACCCUAUUGUAAUUUUUAUUCGCUACAAAAAUGCUAAACAAAUCAAAGAGCAAAAAGACCCAAUCUUCCUGAGGGACAAAGUUACACAAAAACAUUCCAAAGAACAGUUUGAGACAGCUCAAAAAAUAGAACAAGAGUAUAGCAAGUACUUUACAGGCAUUGUCCACGGAGGAGCCCUUUCAAGCAUUUGCACUCAGAUUAUGACAACUGUCGAUCAAGAACAAAACAAAGUCCUGUGGAUCCCAGCCGGCCCCCUGUAGAUUUAUUUCACUGUAAAACUACUUUGCAGAUGUAAAUAACCAACUAACUUUCUGUCCAAUGGACUCUGUGCAUCCCUGUCUGUAAAGAUAUCCAUAAGUGAUUUCUGAUUCAUGAAGGGGAAGGAUAACACUGAACACACAAGGAGCCAGUGAGGCAUGUGGGAAGGGGUAGAUCACUUCACCAAGCUUGUCUCUUACGUCGUACGUGUACACGUGACAGGUUGUCACGAGGGGUUGCAACCUGUGUGUACUUAUCCAUGAGAAAUGAAUUUAACAAUGCUGCAAAACCCUGUAGAAUGACAAGUUUACAAAAACCUUUUCAAAGUAUUUGGUUGUUGCUGUUUACUUGAAUGUCUAUUUUGUUUUCCUUUUUUAGCUCUGUGUCCUUUCACUUAAGAGGUAACUCUCCAAAAUGGAGUGAAAUUUCCGAAUAUGAGCAAAUG